AGGUCUUCCCCAACGUCUCGGAGAAGGUCACCUUCAAAGUUGUGCCAGACUGAACGGUUGCCGCCGAGCCAAUCACGGAAGAAGCCUUGGUUACGCCUUGCCAUCCCAGAUCAGGGUCUCCCAUGAUUGCAUGAUAAGUGGGCCCAGGUUGGCCAUGACAGAAGGCUGCAAGCUGUAGUGCAUGGCCAUUCAGAUUGACUUACUCAAAUUAGGGGAGGUCGCUUUUCACAUUGCUUAGUACGAUACUGGAAGGACUUCAACGAACAUUAUUGUGCUGGUAUCAUAUACACCAGCAGAGAAUAAAUCUUCCUACCAACAAACUAACAACACUUCAUCUACAACAUGUCGCCAGGCAAGAUUUCGGACAAGCCGCGGGUAGUGGCACUGGGGAACCCCAGGUUCGUCGGCGAUGACUACCUGGCAGACUUCUCGAAAGACUUCGACUUUGAGGUCCUGGAGGCGACCAACCGCAAGGAAACGCAGGAAAUGCUUCCAGCCAUGGUGGCUGAGAGACCAAUCGACGCAUUCGUGAUCCGAAUGGGCACACCACCAUACGAGCCGUUUGACGAGGAUCUAUUGAAAUCUUUGCUACCACACUGCAAGAUCAUUACUUCAGCUUCAGCUGGCUAUAACGAAUUCGAUGUUGAGUGGAUGACGGCGAACAAGGUCUGGUUCUGUAACACUAUUAACGCCGUUGCCGAGUCCACGGCCGAUAUGGCCAUGUUUCUGACCCUGGCCGUAUUGCGAGAUACGACACGGGGCGAGAAACAAGCUCGCAACGGUACAUGGAAAGCCAACAUCGUCCCGGCACGAGACCCCAGCGGCUUGACUCUGGGGAUUGUCGGCGCCGGGUCGAUCGGGAAGUACCUCGCCAAGAAGGCCGCGGCGUUCAACAUGAAGCUCGCGUACCACAACCGGAGACAGCUAUCCCAGGAGGAAGAAGCACGGUAUGGUCUGACCUACUACUCCAACUUGAAUGACCUGCUCGCGGUGUCGGACGUCGUCUCCAUCAGCUGUCCCCUAAACAAGCAGACGACCGGUCUCAUUUCUCAUGCUCAAUUUGCCGCCAUGAAGGACGGGUGCUUUUUCGUGAAUACCGCUCGCGGACCCGUGGUCGAUGAAGAAGCCCUGAUCCAGGCUCUGGAGUCUGGGAAAGUGGCACGCGCCGGAUUGGAUGUCUUCCACAAUGAACCACAUAUCAACGAGUACUUCAAGACAAGCGACAAGGUUGUCGUUCAGCCACAUAUGGGAGGCUUGACGGAUGUGGCUUUCCAAAAGUCGGAGAGAGAGUGCUUUGAGAACAUUAAGUCUUUGUUCAAAACGGGAAGACCUGUUGCGCCGGUAAACGAGGUCCGGGAAGUCAAGAAGAUGGUGCUGUGAAGAUGUAGCUCUCGCAGGAGGAUAAUUCCUUGUGAUGGCAGAAUCAAGCGGUCUGAAUUGCGAGAUUCGGUUCCAAGCCAUGAGGGAUCGAGUUCGUUUCAUCCAAAAGGGGGUGCUUCAACCAUCUAGGAAAGCGUUCCUUACCAACAUUGAAAAUCGGAAGCAUUCAUAGCGGGCACUGUGAGCACGGUCAGGAUUGGUGUCACUUCAUGUUUUCGCAUACUACCAUAAAAGUCGUAUGAACAGAAAGACAUGGCCCUGGGAAAUAGGCCG